AUGCUCGAGGGAGUGCCCGGGAAGCCGCGCUGCGGCCUGCCUGUGGACUGCACGACCGCACUCCCUCAGCAGGCCUCCGUGUCGCCGACAACGCUCGUCGAUGAGGCCGUUUCGAUCAUCAGGGGGUUCGCCGAGCAAGCCCAGGAACGUGAGCAGCCGGUCAUCCGCCUCAGGACCCCCGAGCAGCUCUACGAGGUCUUCGACUCGGCGGGCGCGCCGCUGCCCCUCAGCCCCGGGCAGGCGCCGCUCCAGGCCCCCGCGCUCCUCAGCGCGCUCCGCCAGACCCUGCGCUACAGCGCCAACACCAGCCACCCGCUCUUCUUCAACCAGCUCUACGCGCGGCCAGACCCCGUCGCGCUUGUCGGCGAGUGGGCCGCGUCCGCCGCGCACACCAACGUCCACACCUACGAGGUCGCGCCGGCGUUCACGCUCAUCGAGCGCGAGGUCCUCGCGCGCAUGGCGCGCUGCGUCGGCUGGGACUCCCCCCCUGACGGGCACGACGGGAUCUUCGUCCCGGGCGGCUCUAUUGCAAACCUGUACGGGCUGCUGCUCGCGCGGCACCGCGCGGACCCCGCCGCGCGCCGCCGCGGCGCGCACGGCGGCCCGCGGCUCGUCGCGUUCGCCAGCGAGCAGGCGCACUACUCGGUAGCGAAAGCGGUGGCCGUGGCGGGGGUCGGGCUUGACAAUCUGGCGCGCGUGCCGUGCGACGAGCGCGGGCGGAUGCGGCCCGACGCGCUCGCGGCCGCGAUGGACCGCGCGGCGGCGGACGGCGCGGUGCCGUUCCUGGUGUGCGCGACGGCGGGGACGACGGUGGCGGGGGCGUUCGACGACGUGGGGGCCGUGGCGGACGUGUGCGCGCGGCACGGCGCGUGGCUGCACGUCGACGGGUCCUGGGGCGCGUCCGCGCUGCUCUCGCGGCGCCACCGCGCCCUCCUGUCCGACAUCGCGCGCGCCGACAGCCUCACGUGGUCCCCGCACAAGAUGCUCGGGAUGCCUAUGCAGUGCAGCGCCUUCCUGACGCGGCACGCCGGCGCGCUCGCGGCCUGCAACGCCGAGGGCGCGAACUACCUAUUCCAGCACGACAAGCUCCACGCCGCCGAGGACCUGGGCGAUAAGACCAUCCAGUGCGGGCGGCGGGCCGACGCAUUCAAGCUGUGGCUCGCGUGGAAGGCGAUCGGCGACGCGGGGUGGGAGCAGCGCGUGGACCGCGGGUUCGCGCUCGCGGAGUACCUCGAGCGGCGCGUGCGGCGCGAGGAACGGGAGACGGGGCGGUUCGUGCUCGCGGUGCCGCGGAGCGGCGCGAACGUGUGCUUUUGGUACGUCCCGCCGGGGCUGCGGCCGUUCGACGUGCGGAGCGCGGGCGCGGAGGCGCGGGCGCGGCUGGCGGGCGUGGCGCCGGCGCUGAAGCGGAGGAUGCAGGAGGGGGGGGACGCGCUGGUGGGGUACCAGCCGCUCGGGGAGCUCCCGGCGUUCUUCCGGAUGGUGUUUGCGUCGGGGUGGAAUGUGGACGAGAGCGACCUGGACGCGCUGCUCGAGCGGAUGGACGCGAUUGGGCGCGACCUGUGA